GAGGGGAGUUACAACAGUUGACAGAAGAAGAAAUUAUGGAAAGGAAACAGGCUUUUACUAAUUUGGGAAAAUGCAUGAGAAUCAAGGAAGGAAUCUUAAGGCAAAAAUCCAGAAAGACAUGGCUGCGAGAAGGGGAUAACAACACAAAGUUUUUUCAUCGUUGUGUCCGAGGGAGAAAAAGAAGAAACGAAAUUAACUGCAUUCAAGUGAAGGGUCAACAGUUGACUGAAGUGGAUGAGGUAAAAGAAGGAGUAGCCAGCUACUUUGAAGACAUGUUCAAAGAUGAAGGAUGGGAAAGGCCGACCCUUGAUGGCAUCCAUUUCAAUAAAAUCUCCCAAGCUGAAUCAUGCAUGCUCUCUACUAAAUUUACUGAAGAGGAAAUCUACAAAGCUGUUUGGGAUUGUGAUAGCUCCAAAGCCCCAGGUCCGGAUGGAUUUAAUUUCAAAUUCUUCAAAGAGAUGUGGGAGGUAAUCAAGCAGGACAUCAUUGGGUUUGCUGAUGAAUUCUACACAAAUGGGAAGCUAGUAAAAGGGUCUAAUGCUUCAUUUGUUGUCUUGAUUCCAAAGACAUCCAACCCCCAAAAAAUUGAAGAUUUUAGGCCCAUUUCUCUUAUAGGCUCCAUGUACAAAAUCAUUGCAAAGCUACUAGCUAAUAGGAUAAGGCUGGUAAUGGGUAGCGUGAUUGGGGUUCAACAAACUGCCUUUGUCAAGGACAGACUAUUGGUUGAUGGGGUCCUGGUUGCCAAUGAAGUGAUUGAUGAAGCCAAAAGAAGGAGGAAAAGUAGUUUUAUACUCAAACUUGACUUUGAAAAAGCGUUUGACAAGGUCAGCUGGAGCUACCUCAACUACAUGCUUAAAAGAAUGGGGUUUGGUGACAAGUGGGCAAAUUGGAUCAUGAAAUGUCUAUCCGCCAGUACAGUCUCCUUUCUUAUUAAUGGUUCUGCCACACGACAAAUUUCAAUUAGCAGGGGUCUUUGCCAAGGUGAUCCCUUAUCUCCAUUUCUAUUUCUCAUAGCAGCUGAAGGGUUGAAUGGACUCAUCAGUAUAGCUGUUAGCUGAGAAUUGCUAAAGGGAAUCGAAGUCGGGACACAAGGAUUCAGGGUCACUCACCUACAAUUUGCAGACGACACAUUGAUCUGCGGGAAGGCUACCGAAGAUAACCUUUGGGCAGUAAAGUGCAUUUUAAGGA